CGACACGGGUUCAAUACUUUUGUGCGAUCGCGUCGCGGCAGCUAGCGCUUGACCACAUGACAUCUGACCCUUUAUCGGCCGCCGCCUUCCUAUCGCGCACUUCACAUCCCGGCGCUGCUCAUCGUUCACAUAUUUUAUAGUGUAUGCGUGAGCUGUAAAGUACGAUGCUGUGGGUCUUGUGCGCGGCGUUGCUGACGUCAAGCGCACUAGGCUGCGAGCUUGGUCCAGGGGAGGGGACUGGGCCAAAGUCUCCAGGAGACAACUUCUAUCGGCUUAUCAUCAACGGUGACGUGGAGAGAUAUGCACCUGACCAGAGAUAUGUCGUGACACUCGUUGGUUCUCGCACCCACGAUGUAGUGCAACAGUUCACUAGAUUCCAGUUGACAAUCGACCCACUGGAUCCAGCGACUCCAAGGAGUCCCCACAAGCAAGGCCAGUUCCAGCUCUUCGCGGACACUCUCACUAAGUUCGAUGAGGAAUGUACUAACUCAGUGAUAGAAGCUGACGACCUGCCCAAGACAGAGGUACAAGUCAUGUGGAAAGCGCCACCGGCUGGUUCUGGAUGCGUAAUGCUAAAGGCGAUGGUGUAUGAAAAUGCGAGUCGCUGGUACGCGGAGGACGGACAACUCACGCGUCGCGUAUGCGAGGAUACAUCGGUUUCCGCGCCUGACUGCUGCGCUUGCGACGACGCCAAGUAUAGGAUGGUGUUCGAAGGACUCUGGAGCCCACAGACGCACCCUAAGGACUUUCCCGUGCAAGCGUUAUGGCUUACUCAUUUCUCUGACGUAAUCGGAGCGACGCAUCGUAAGAAUUUUACUUUCUGGGGUGAAGGUGAAAUCGCUACGGACGGAUUUAGGUCACUUGCGGAGUGGGGCUCAGUGGGUUUGCUGGAGCGUGAGCUACGGCAGCGCGGUGCCGUGCUGCGUUCCGUGGUGAAGGCUGCAGGCCUGUGGCACCCGCGACUUAAUCAGAACACCACCGCUUCUUUCACCGUAGAUCGGAAGCGCAAUUACCUGUCGCUCGCUUCCAUGUUCGGACCAUCUCCGGACUGGGUGGUGGGUGUGAGUGGACUAGACCUGUGCAACAAGGACUGUACGUGGGUAGAAUCGAAGGUCAUCGAUCUUUUCCCCUAUGAUGCCGGUACUGAUAAUGGCAUUUCAUACAUGUCACCAAAUUCUGAAACCGUUCCUCGUGAAAAGAUGUACCGAAUUACGACCAUGUACCCCGAAGACCCUCGUGCCCCAUUCUACAAUCCGGAUAAGAAAGAGAUCAAUCCAAUGGCGAGACUCUAUCUGACUAGAGAAAAGCUGAUCUCCAGGUCGUGUGACGAAGAGACGCUGCAAAGUUUAGUGAUUGAAGAGACUGAAAAUACUGAGUCUACUAACAGACCGGAGUGUGCGGUGACGGAAUGGGAAUCUUGGUCGGCGUGUUCGGUGACUUGCGGUAAGGGAUUACGUAUGCGCACGCGGCAGUACCGUAUGCCGGAAAAAGCCCGUAUGUUUGCGUGCGACCGACAGCUCGUUUCCAAGGAAAUGUGCGUUGCAGACGUACCGGAGUGCGAAGGUGAUGAUGCAAACGAAGCCGAGCCAGACGAUCUAGACGUAGCACCAGUCGAGGCUGGUGGUAUCUGUGAGACAUCAGAGUGGGGCGUUUGGAGCGAGUGCUCAGUUACGUGCGGUGUCGGUAUCAAUACGAGGAGACGGUACUUUCUUAACCAGAUGGGCAACAAAAAAUGUCCGUUAGUGGCACUUGAGGAUAAUCGUAAAUGUAUGGAGCCGCAAUGUACGGAGGCGGAUUUGGAAACAGAUAUCUCAGAUCCGACAUGUCCCACAAGCGAAUGGGCAGCGUGGUCGCCAUGCUCAGCGUCUUGUGGGCGCGGCGUGCGCUUCCGCACGCGCUUGUUAUUGGUGCCGGCAGAGCGCCAACAAGACUGUUCUACUCGUGUCGAGCUGCUGCAGCAGCGCCCGUGUGUGGAGCAAGAGGACUGCACCAUUGACAUGAUGACAGCGAAACGCAUCUGUAUGGAGUCUCCAGAGCAAGGUCCAUGCCGCGGGCUUUACCAACGUUGGGCGUUCGCUGCGCAAAAGGGCAUGUGCGUGCCUUUUAACUACGGUGGCUGUCGCGGGAACAGGAACAACUUCAUUUCACAGCAGGACUGUCUCGAUACUUGCAGCGUUAUACUUGGCGGUGCAGCCGGAUCAGCAGCGGUGCCUCCGGCUGGCCAGCCCGCAGCCGCCGGCACUGCUCUCUUCGCUGGUCUCAGCGUCAACUCCAUCAUUCCCGGAGCGCCAACUAUAGCUGGCUCCUCGCAAUCAGCGGACUGUCAGUUGAGUGACUGGAGCGGGUGGAGCCGUUGCAGCGUCACGUGUGGUAUCGGUUACCAGGAGCGCUCAAGGACGAUACUGUCUCAGCCUGGUCCGGGCGGCGCGCCCUGUCCUACUCGCCUCACACGACGACGCCGAUGCUCGCGUGUGUGUUAGCGUCGUGGACAACGAAAAACGCAGCAGUCUUCUGACCACUCAUUGGAAUCACAGUAACUAGCAAGUAUAUUCAGAUACAGCAAUCGACGAGUGGCUUCUACUUAAUACUCAUUUGUUUAUAUUUUUAAGAAAUACAUAAUAUAUUGUAGCAGGAAA